AGCAGCCACCGGCGGCGCCUUCAGUGGCUCGACUGCUCCCGUGCCGCUCCGCUCCACCUAUCUCUCCUGAAGGUCUCACUCGGCCACCACAUUUCCACAAUGUCCGACGAGGAGUACAGUUCGGAGGAGGAGAUGGACGAGGCCCAGAAGGCUGCCGAGGCACGUAGACGCUUGCAGGCAGAGGAGAAGAAGAAGCGGGCCGAGGUGGACCGGAAGAAGGCCGAGGUGCGAAAGCGCCUCGAGGAGAGCUCCGCCGCCAAGAAGGCCAAGAAGGGCUUCAUGACACCGGAGAGGAAGAAGAAGCUCAGGCUACUGCUGAGAAAGAAGGCGGCUGAGGAACUGAAGAAGGAACAGGAGAGGAAGUCCGAGGAGAGGAGGCGAAUCAUCGCCCAGAGGUGCGGCCAGAAGAAGAACACAGAAGGCGCCAAUGAAGCCGAGACCACCCAGGUUUGCCAGUCGUACCAGCAGCGGAUCGAAGAGCUCGAGGGUCAAAAGUGGGACUUGGAGCAGGAGGUUGAGGUUAAGGAUGCCCAGAUCAACGAGCUCAACAUUUCCGUGAACGACCUGCGCGGAAAGUUCAUCAAGCCUACCCUGAAGAAGAUCUCCAAAUACGAAAACAAGUUUGCCAAGCUUCAAAAGAAGGCGGCAGAGUUCAACUUCAGGAACCAGCUCAAGCAGGUCAAGAAGAAGGAGUUCACGAUGGACGACGACGACAAGGAUGUCAAAGAGAAGGCGGAGUGGCAGCAGAAGAAGGCCGUCUAGUGUGUGUGCCCGCCUCUGUCUGUGUCCCAAUCGCCUGCCUGUGCUUCUCUGGGCUGUCAUGUGAUCUGUCGGUACUGAUCAUAAAUUGGGGGGCGACUCCGGGUGCUCACCGGUCGGCGGCGCGUCCGAGGUGGCCGGCCGCGACACACCGUGCCCGCCCGCCGCUCGGUGGGGUCGCUAUGUUGGACCGCCGGUCGGCCAGCGGUCCGCCGUGCCGAACCCCCGGUCGGCCAGCGGUCCGCUGCGCCGAACCCUCGGUCGGCCAGCGGUCCGCUGCGCCGAACCCUCGGUCGACGGAUGGCCAGGGCGUGCAUCCCGUUACUGAGCUGGCGAGCGGACAGUCCUGUCAGCUUUGCUCCAUCGCUCGUGUAUAUCACUGUUACUAUUCUGGCACGUUUCUGCCCCGGAAGCGAAAUGUCACCAAACAGUAAUAAACCAAAAGUAACAUCGCG